AAGGAGACCCAGGUCCCUCAGCCUUUCCUCGUAUGGCUUGCCUUACAAGUCCCUGAUCAUACGGGUGGCUCUUCUCUGGUCUCUCUCAAGUUUUUCCACAUCCUUAUUGAACUGAUAUUGAACAACGUGGCACUGGUUGGACCACACAGCCCCAGACAAUGAGAAGCCUGACUGCACAGAGCUUAGAUUUGUAGCCGCUUUGGAUCCCAUAAAGCAAGCUGAAGCCCAGUUGCAUAGCUGGGAGCUAGAGAUAUCCAAUACUUCAAAGAAAUGCCUAGGUCUGAAAGCAGAAGCUUCUUGUUUAUCUGCCUGGGGGGAGGACAGACUGCGGAGAUGCCACUCGUUUCUGGAAGUGAAAAUGCUGCCGUAAGAUUUGCUUUAUCAGCAGCUUCAGAUAAGCCCCUUUGGGAGGUGGGAAGAAGGGAGAGACAGUUAAGUCUCUCCAUUCUUUCCACCGUCCAAAAGGGCUUAUAUCUGAAGCUGCUGCAGCUGUAAGACUAAUUUGUGAGUUGAAGAGAUUCAUGCCUAAAAUGCUACUCAGUUAUUUAUGGGGCAGGGGCAAGUUUCCUCCGCUUCAUCAGUGAGGGGGAUCAUAAACAGCCCAGAAGCAAGAAGGCAAGCUGCAAGACCCCAUACCUGCAUUGACAAUAAAUCUAGGAACUGUAGAGAGGAGUAGGACAUCUCUAGAGAUGCUCCAGUCUGGAAAGUACUAGCGAUAAAUGUGGGCAGCAAGUGAAACGAGUCUGCCCCUAUUUUCUUAGCCAAGAAGAAUCAGCCUAUUGAAACAUCUCAUUAAGCUAAGCUUCAAGGGUUAAGCAGUGAACCCAGUUAAAAUAAUAAAUCUGCUGUGAACUCCUGCUCAAGGCUGCUCUGCAAACACCUAUUAGAAGGAGAAACUCUGAUGUACAGAGGUGUUUUUGUCAAAGCUACAGUUGGACUCCCACGUACGUCACGAACUAUGCAGAAGAGCAAGAUGCCUGGUUAAGGAGUCUCCUACAAAAUGUAUGCAAAGGGCUUAAGACAACCAGGAAAUCAGAGCGAGAGUUAGCAGCAAUGAAUGCAUUGCUCAGUGUCACAUGUGCAGCAGCUUGGCAGUUUCUUAAUGAGAACAGAUCUCAUUAAGGACACUCUAGUAGCCAUCAGGCUCAGUCUGACUGGGCAGGUCAUUUGGCCACUCGAUACCUUAGCUUCCCUGGCUAUAAAGGUGGGGUGGAUGCACCUUGCUCCAAAUCAUGACUGUUCCAAAAGCACACGGCCUCAAGUGGAAGCUGGAACAGGCUAGCAUUAUAAACCACUCUGGACCCCACCCUCUUCAGGCCCAGGCAGAAGGCUUGUUGGUAGGAUGGGCAAAAAUAGAGAAUUUGCACAGCUGUUCCAUUCUGCAGCUUCAGCAACCAGAACGCAGCAGCUGGCAUGAAACAACUGGGGGCUUUUAAAACAGAAAGAGGAAGGGCGAAUGGUUCGCUCAGGAGCUCGAUUUGCAAAAUGAAUAUAACUGCCUUAUUGCUAUUACUGGAGCACGAAGAGCUCACCCCUGGCUCCUUAGCAGAGCUAAGCAAUUUUUGUUACAUAUUUCAAUCUUGUCCACCAACAUGCACCACACCCUCUACUCCCACUGGUUUCCGUAGACUAGGCCAGAGAGCUUUGGUUGGUGUAGAAAUCCUUGAUCCCUCCCUCCCUAGCCCUCCUCCCUAUUGCUGAGAACAGCUGGAAUGAGAAGAGGGCAGCAGAGCUUGUGAUUGGCUGGGAGUCAGCCACAGGAGGGGUGAGGCAGUUACCUGUCCAGCUUCAAAGUAAAGAGAUUUGGGGGAUAGAUACCACCAGGGUUUGGAGUUCUGUAAAGAGCCCCAGGCUUUCUCCCUGCCUCUCAAAUACCAGUUUUGCUGAAACCUGCUAGUUCCUCUGGAGCUGCAGAAGAGAGGAUAUCCUGCCAGUUUGACCUGGAAGCUCUCACCCUGGUGAUUUGUGCUAUGCCUAAGGAAGAGUUGUGGCUAGGGAUGGCUGGCCAAGAUUCUGGCAGCUGUGACAGCAUGGGCAGCACUACUUCCAACCACUCUGGAUUUAGCAAUAACAAUUAUGACUAUUUAUCUGUGGAGGAAAAGGAAUGUUUGAUGUUCCUAGAAGAAACCAUUGAUUCUCUGGACGCAGAAGCAGACAGUGGGGUCUCUACUGAUGAGACUGACUAUGCUCGGCCUUCAAAGGCGUGGUCUAAGAGAGAGGUUAUUCCAAAGGGUCCAGACAAUAGGAUUCGCAGUGAAAGUCUUGCUCAGUGGCAUGCAGUUGAGCAAAAGGGUGACCCAAGUGUGUCUGCUCUCUCAAGAUCUGCUCCAGCACUGGUUUCCAGCUCAGGCUGUUGCAACCUCCCAAGGGGUGCCGGUGUAGCGAGUGCACACACAAACAAGGCUUCUGUCUGCAAAGCCACUGACCUCAGGCUGGAGGGUCCAACGCCGACAGCUCAGGAAACGGGGAAGUCGUCUUGGACAUCUCCCAAGAAAGAAGGGAUAAAGGACAUGUCCAGUGACCGGCCCAACUGGAGUAUCAAGAUGAAGCCACUGGAGUCCAUCAUUAUACAACCCCCUGAACCUUUCCAGGACCCUGUAACAAUAAACAACCAGCAAAUAGCUAGCAAGGGAUCUGGUAACAGCAGCAAAGAUCGGUUCUGUGAGUCUGAGGCCAAGACGGAAUAUGGGGAGGCCGACAGGAAUCGGCCUCGGGCUGUACCUCAGCGUCCUGCCCCGGAAGAGGCAGAGUUGCCGCAGAAAGAAGUAGCUAUUCCAAACCCAGUGGCACCUAAGCAUUGUGAGAUGGGUCUGCAAAGAGACACUAUCCCUCCAGGCAGCCCAGACAAUUCAGCAACAGAAGAGGCUGCCCUGGAUUCAGACCUCAAGCGUGGGCCUCCCACGGCCCCCAAACCAAGGAAACUGCCCCCAAAUAUUAUCCUUAAAACCAGCAAAAACAAUCCAGUGCCCCUCAUCAUAGACCCCAGCCACAGGAUAAAAGCACCUUCUCAACCACCAGCCAGCCACAAACCCAGCACUGCCGCAGCCAGCGACACCUCGGGGCAUCUUGACCCUAAAGAACAGGAGAGAGCCAGGCGGGAGGCUUUGGAGAAGCUGGGACUGCCACAGGAUAAAGGAAGGGCACCUGAUGCCCAUGUUAAACCUGCCACUUCUCCCAAACCAAAGGAGGCCUCUUUCUUCAUUCCUAGGGCAGCUGAUAGAGAUGACAUAGCCAGCAAUAAAGAAGUCAACUUCAUUGCUAACAAGAGCCAACCCCAUGACCCAAGCUUCAGCGGACCAGAGAAGGUUGCUCCAGGCCUGAGGCAGAUGCACUUCAAAUCCAACACCUUGGAGCGCUCUGGCGUGGGUCUGAGCAGCUACAUCUCCAGCAGCAAGGACCAAAAUGUUAAGAACAGCAGCUCGCUGGGCAAAACGUCCUUUAUUGACAAGAUCACGCCCAGCUUUCUCAAAAACAGCCGCCCACGCCCGGCUUCGCUGGGCAUGGGGAAAGACUUUGGCCACCUCCAGGAGCACCAAGUCGGCAAGGCGGAGCUGUCAAAAAGCGACAAGCGACGAUCUGACUUGCUGCAGAACUACUCCAAGCUGGCCCGGCCUCCUUGCAUCAGCGUCAAGAUUGCCCCAAAGGGCGCCACGGAAGAGCACAGGAGGGAGGCUCUGAAAAAGCUUGGCCUGCUGAAGGAGUAGCCCUGGACUUCGCCCUCAGUGCGGUCACACCCCUGCUGUCACGUCGCAUGCCAGAACUUCUCUGUCUUUGCAGAUGCGUUAUUUAAUGCAACAGGACAGACUGCAUGGGUGGCAAAGUCUGGGAGCACUCGAUAGAUCAUCUCCAAACCCUUCAAAUGGAGAGCAUGAGAAGGAGCAUGUUUAGCCACUGCUUCCCUGCCCGUGGUCUUGGGAGGGCAGCCUGAACCAGCCCGGCCACUAGAAUUGCUGAAGCUUCCUACCAAAUCAAGUGACAUGGCAUAUACAUAACCGUGUAUGUACUGUGUGUAUAUAUUUGCAAACUAUUUAUAUGUGACAGGAACAAGUGAGUGGAUGGGAGUAAUCUCCUACAGGUUUUUAUUGCACUGACUGACUUGUGUCACUGUGGGAAACCCUGGGCUCUGGCUGCACGGAGAAGUGGUAGCUCACCACAGGCUAUGUGCGGCUAAAAGUCCAGUAUUGACUUUUGGGCUCCAAUGGAUGUGUGCAGCCAGCGAGGGAUACACAUGCACCUGCCAGGGCAGUCGGUGCACCCAGUAUUUUAAGCAGGGUAAACUCAGGGUGGGAGAGGUAGGGUAUGGGCGAGAAGGGAGCACACUUGAUAGUGCUCAGACCUUGUUGAGGCAUCAGAAGUGCUGGCCCGCACAAAGGGCAGGUUGGAGCAGCAGAUGAUGACUUGUUCACUCUAAUAAACUUUCAUCUUGUGUCUGGCAUUUCUCGUACCCAGGUGCAUGAACUCCUGCUGAUGCCUUCUGUUAAUUUUUACAUUACAUGCCUUUUACAAGAAGGAGGUGUUUUGAAUGUCUACAAUAAACUAUUUUAUAUGGCCAGAUAAUGACUGCGCAGUCUGGAUUUCCUAGCUAUAAAGACAGCAAUUUUUGGCAGUAAUAACAUCCUGGAAGGGUGGGAUGAACAAGGUUGUUUUUUUUUUCCUUG